AUGUUCACUAAUAAAGCUAAUGGAUUCAAGUACUGGGAUGUUAAAGAUGUUUAUAGUCCAUGUGAAUACAGUGCAAGAGCAGAUUUCUGGGAAGAUUCGGAGGAAGUAAGACACUGGUGGGAUGGUCCUAUUUGUUUUCCAGGUGAUUCCAAUGUUGUAAGGUCUGAUGAUGGAUGGAAUAAAGGUGAAGUAGAUAGUAUGAAUUCUAGCUUUCUAAAUAACUUCAUCUUACAACAAGAGAUGGUGGAUCAAUCUUUUGUUGGUGGUUCCUAUACUUGGUCUAAUAACCAUGUUGAUCCAUUUCUUUGCAGGCUAGAUAAGUUCCUUUUUAGUGUUGAUUUUGAUGAGGCAUUUCCUAAUGCCCUACAAAUAGAACUAACAAGAACUGUGUCAGAACAUAAUCCUCUUAUGAACCUUAAACACAUUGUUAAGCCCUGGGGAUUUACUGAAUUUGGUGCUGUUAGUAAUGAGAAAAGUUGCUCACUGAAUAGAUUGGUGAACUAA